GGCGGCGUCGGCCCACACUUGCUUCACCACCACCAGAACAGCAAAAACACACUACGCAAGAGAACACCACUAGGGAUACCUGUAGAGACAGAAGUGACCCGGUGCAGCAUGGAGCACCAGAAAGCACAGCACGGCCACGGCACCACCGGCCGCGUCGACGAGUACGGCAACCCGGUUGCUGGAAACGGCACCGGAACCGUGACCGGCGGUAUGGGCAUGGGUGCACACGGUGGUGCCGGUACCGGCGCCGGCACGGGCGGGCAGUUCCAGCCCGCUAGGGAGCAGCACAAGACAGACGGCAUCCUGCACCGCCCCGGCGGUUCCAGCUCGUCUGAGGAUGACGGCAUGGGUGGCCGGAGGAAGAAAGGCAUCACGGAGAAGAUCAAGGAGAAGCUCCCCGGCGGGCAAAAGGACAAGCAGCAGGGACACGCCGGCAUGACCGGCGGCGCCUGCGGGCAGCAGGGGCACACCGGCAUGACCGGCACCGGUGGCACCCAUGUCACCGAGGGCACCGGCGAGAAGAAGGGCAUCAUGGACAAGAUCAAGGAGAAGCUCCCCGGGCAGUACUGAGCGGGCGUAGCACAGCGUACGUGCGACAAGUCGUGAUACACGGCACGACGUUCCUAUAACAUAAUAAGACCCAGGCUGGAGCUUUUAUAUGUUGUAUUUGAAGAAUAAAAUAAAAUGGUUUGAAUAUA